GACGUAAAGGCAAGGAUCGAGGCAGUCAGAAGAGGAAGAGAAGGGAGAGGAAGAUUAGUCGGUGUCUUGGUCGACGAUACAGAGGAGAAAGUAGAGAGUGAUGAUGAAGACCAGGGUGGCAAAGACAAGAAAGAAAAAGAAAAGCAAGGGAAGCUGGAUGUCCGUGGUGUGGUCGAGAUGGAUAAACGGGUCGGAGAACUUGAGAGGCUUGUUGGGUCCUCAAGUACGACGCUAGACGAAACGGCACCUUUGCCUCCCGCGCUUCUCCCGCUCCUGACCCGAAUCAACACUCAACUUACACUUCUUACCCAACCGCGACAUAUCGACUCCAUUUCUCGUCGUCUCAAACUCCUUCUCUCUGACCUUGAGCGUGUUUCUUCUGCUUCAUCCGCGCAAGCUCAAAAACGUGCCAGUUCAAAUGGGACAGGAACGGCAGCAGUAGUUGGGGCGCACGAUAACCUUCUGCCACUUCUUACACGGCUGGCUCCAUCACUUCCACAUAUCCCACACAUCCUCACUCGCUUACGCACACUGUCUGCGCUUCAUGCAUCUGCUGCAGAGUUCCAGGGUACAAUAACCACUCUAGAAGAAGAACAGCGACGCACUAGAGAAGCGCUUGAUGCUCUGAACGGAGCGGUAGCUGAAGUAGAGUCGAGUUUGGAGGCUAACAGGGGUACAGUUUCAGGGAA